CCUUCUUCUUCUUCCUCUUCUUCACCGAGUCAUUCAUUUCUUCUGUAAGCGGUUUUCAUCAAAGCAGUCAGACGAAACUUUUUAACGAUCUAUCAUCGAACAAGGAUACUUCUUCAUUACCAUGGCAGCCAGAAAUGCUUUGAGAAUUGUGUCUCGUAGGUUCUCUAGUGGCAAAGUUCUUAGCGAAGAGGAGAAAGCUGCUGAGAACGUUUUCAUUAAGAAAAUGGAGCAGGAGAAGCUUGAGAAGAUAGCCAGACAGGGUCCGGGAGAACAAGCAGCAGGGUCAGCAAGUGAAGCAAAGGCGGCUAGUGGUGCAACAUCAACAGCAUCGGCUGAGUCAGGCCCAAAGGUGUCAGAAGACAAGCACAGAAACUAUGCAGUGGUGGCAGGUGUGGUGACUAUUUUCGGUGCAAUUGGUUGGUACAUGAAAUCAGGUGGAAAGAAGCAGCCAGAGGUCCAAGAGUAAAAAGAUUGAUGGACUAGUGACUCAAUAAUAAAACAGGGAGCGGCAUUACUCAUUCCCCUCUUGUGAGAAACUUCGGACAUGUUGUUGCUUUCUUUUCUUUUGGUUUUGGUCAAAGCUUAAAACAGUUGUCUUCGGAUUGUUACAUUUAGUUUUGUUAUCUUUUAGCUCUAUAGACUUUUCAGAUUU